UGCAAUCCAACUUGAAUCAAACAUGCUCCGGCUCAGUUUUGCUCUUCGUCGUCUGCGGACUGCUCGUAUUCCUUGCGCAACAUAUACUACUGCAGCAGAGCCUUCGUCUCUCCACCGCAUAGUCCGUGUCGAAAAUCUUCCGGAAGGAUACAAUGUCAGCAGCAUCAUCAGCUCCGUGAACGCUAAUCCCUCGGAGGCAGUCAUACCUUCCAAAGACCACAUCCUCAUUCGAUUCCUCGAUGAACGAUCCGCAAAGCGCUCAUUGGACAUCCAGACUGUCGCAAUGCUCGCAAAAUACAACGCGACACGCACAAUCAAACUGCGUAAAGUCCCAGAGACCUUCACCGAAUCUCAAUUCAACGAGAUCCUUUCCAAGCACGGAAGGGUCGUCUCUUCGUGCUUUGACAAGUCCGAGGGUGUCAUCGAAGCACAGUUCUUGGACCUACACCAGGCGUUCAAAGCCCGGGACGACUUUGUUGCAGCGGGAGCUCUGCCGAGGUUUGCAGAAACCGAGCCCUUCAUCUAUCCAGAAUGGUACUCGAAAUCAGACGAGCAGCCUAACCAAGAACGCUUCGUAAAGAUCGACGGCCUGAAGGACAUCGAGACACGGCUAAUGAGCUUGCGCUGGACCAACAAUUACAAAGAAAUCCCCCCAGCAGCUUUUAUAUCAGCCCGUUACUCCAGCGAAAAAACCAUGUCGGUUUAUUUCCCAACAUCCGCAUUGGCUCGACAGUUCAAGAGCAUAUGUGAGCCCUUGGCAGCAGGAAAAUGCACACUCUCCCUGCACUCCUCAGAUGAAGCCGUCUCUCGCGGUGUAGUCACCGCAAUCGAUCAAGGCGCUCGCCGUCUGGUUGCCGUUCCCUUCAACGGGACCUUGACAGACGAGAAACGAACGCGAUUCGGGCGGUUCUUCCACAAUUUUGGCCGAUUAGAUGCAAGGAGAAUCACACAUACGGACGGACAGCUGAUCGUUCCCUUCGCCACCGUAGUCGGUGCUUCGAGCUAUGUUUAUCACGUCUAUAAGGGUCUACGAAUAAAGCCGCCAUCCGGAAUCAAAAACGUUCUGCCCACCUUUGUUGGUGCUUAUCACUCGGGAUGAGUGAACCGUCACAUUUUUUAUACGCACAUUUCCAUACAAAAUCUAUUUCACUUGCGUCUCAGCAGGUUGCAUAUAGUUUUGACUUGUCAGCGUACCGCCAAGAUCAAGCCGAGCAUACAAAAACACACAAUGAGAUCUGAACUCAUGUCGGAUCGGGGACAAAGCUUCACUCUGUUCUUAUUCUGCUUGAACUUCUGGGUUCCCCACCGUCGGUCGACCAAAAACGAAGAUGAAGGUAACAAGUUGAGAGCGGACUCAAGGCAGACUCGUUUACGCUCACUUACCUGAGCAGUAUCAACAAAGUUGGUUAAUCAAUGUAGUUUCUUAGUUUUCCAGAUCUUUUACACUGCACCCUUAGUACUCACAGUCUGCAGGUGCUCUAAUUCGAUGUAACCAUGGGUC